CGCGGGGUCUGGCGCAGAGCGCGGGGACUGCGCCGCUCGGGCUCCGGCUGCUCCUCGCGGCUCGGCGCGCGGAUCCUGGCGAGGCCCGCGAGCUCCCGGGCGGGCGACCCAGCAUGGCGGUGGAGGAAGAGGGGCUCCGGGUCUUCCAGAGCGUGAAGAUCAAGAUCGGUGAAGCCAAAAACCUUCCCAUGUACCCGGGGCCAAACAAGAUGCGAGAUUGCUACUGCACCGUGAACCUGGACCAGGAGGAGGUUUUCAGGACCAAAAUUGUGGAGAAAUCGCUCUGCCCCUUCUACGGAGAAGACUUCUACUGCGAAAUUCCUCGGAGUUUUCGGCACCUGUCAUUUUACAUUUUCGAUAGAGAUGUUUUCCGAAGGGAUUCCAUCAUAGGGAAGGUGGCCAUUCAGAAGGAGGACCUGCCCAAGUACCACAACAGGGACACGUGGUUCCAGCUGCAGCACGUGGAUGCGGACUCGGAAGUGCAGGGCAAGGUCCACCUGGAGCUGAGGCUGAGUGAAGUCAUCACCGACACAGGCGCCGUCUGCCACAAGCUGGCCACGCGCAUCUUCGAGUGCCAAGGCCUUCCCAUCGUGAAUGGGCAGUGUGACCCCUAUGCCACCGUGGCCCUGGAAGGACCCUGCAGGUCAGAAGCAAAGAAGACGAAGGUAAAGAAGAAGACCAACAAUCCCCAGUUCGACGAAGUGUUUUAUUUUGAGGUGACCAGACCCUGCAGCUACAGCCGGAAGUCCCACUUUGACUUUGAGGAGGAAGACGUGGACAAACUUGAAAUCCGAGUUGACCUCUGGAACGCCAGCAACUUGAAGUUUGGAGAUGAGUUUCUGGGAGAACUAAGAGUUCCACUGAAUGUGCUGCGACAGUCCAGCUCGUACGAAGCCUGGUACUUCCUUCAGCCCCGAGACAACGGCGGCAAGAGCCUGAAGCCAGGGGACUUGGGGUCCCUGCGGCUGAACGUGGUCUACACUGAAGACCACGUCUUCUCCUCUGACUACUACUGCCCGCUACGGGACCUGCUGCUGAAGUCUGCGGAUGUGGAGCCGGUGUCCGCAUCGGCGGCGCACAUACUGGGUGAGGUGUGCAGGGAAAAGCAGGAGGCGGCCGUCCCGCUGGUGCGGCUCUUCCUGCACUGUGGCAGGGUCGUGCCCUUCAUCAGCGCCAUCGCCAACGCCGAGGUCCGGAGGACCCAGGACCCCAACACCAUCUUCCGAGGAAACUCAUUGACAUCCAAGUGCAUCGACGAGACAAUGAAGCUCGCAGGGAUGCACUACCUGCACGUGACCCUGAAGCCCACCAUAGAAGAGAUAUGCCAGAGCCACAAAUCCUGUGAAAUUGACCCUGUGAAGCUGAAAGAUGGAGAAAACCUCGAGAACAACAUGGAGAAUCUUCGGCAGUAUGUUGACCGCAUCUUCAGCGUCAUCACCAAGUCGGGAGUGAGCUGCCCCACUGUCAUGUGUGACAUUUUCUUCUCUCUUCGGGAGGCAGCGGCCAAGCGCUUCCAGGACGACCUGGACGUGAGGUACACCGCCGUGAGCAGCUUCAUCUUCCUGAGGUUUUUCGCUCCCGCCAUCCUGUCCCCCAACCUCUUCCAGCUCACGCCUCACCACACGGACCCGCAGACGUCACGGACGCUGACGCUGAUCUCCAAGACCAUUCAGACGCUUGGCAGCUUGUCCAAGUCAAAAUCUGCCAGUUUUAAGGAAUCCUACAUGGCUGCAUUUUAUGAAUUCUUCAAUGAGCAAAAAUACGCUGACGCGGUAAAAAACUUCUUGGACUUGAUCUCGUCUUCUGGGAGAAGAGACCCCAAGAGCAUAGAGCAGCCCAUCCUGCUUAAGGAAGGAUUCAUGAUUAAGAGGGCGCAAGGACGGAAACGCUUUGGGAUGAAGAAUUUUAAGAAAAGAUGGUUCCGCCUGACCAACCACGAAUUUACCUACCAGAAAAGCAAAGGAGACCAGCCCCUGUGCAGCAUUCCCAUUGAGAACAUUCUGGCAGUGGAGAGAUUGGAGGAGGAGUCCUUCAAGAUGAAGAACAUGUUCCAGGUGAUCCAACCCGAGCGAGCUCUGUACAUCCAGGCCAACAACUGUGUGGAGGCCAAGGCCUGGAUCGACAUCCUCACCAAAGUGAGCCAGUGCAACAAGAAACGCCUCACUGUCUACCACCCCUCCGCCUACCUGAACGGCCACUGGCUCUGCUGCAGGGCCUCCUCGGACACGGCUCCGGGCUGCUCCCCCUGCACUGGCGGCCUCCCGGCGAACAUCCAGCUGGACAUCGAUGGGGACCGAGAGACGGAGCGCAUCUACUCCCUCUUUAACUCCUAUAUGAGCAAACUGGAGAAAAUGCAAGAGGCCUGUGGGAGCAGGUCAGUGUACGACGGCCCCGAGCAGGAGGAGUACUCCACGUUCAUCAUCGACGACCCCCAGGAGACCUACAAGACCCUGAAGCAGGUCAUCAGCGGGGUGGGGGCCCUGGAGCAGGAGCACGCCCAGUACAAGAGGGACAAGUUCAGAAAGACCAAGUACGGGAGCCAGGAGCACCCCAUCGGAGACAAGAGCUUCCAGAGCUACAUCAGGCAGCAGUCUGAGACCUCGACCCAUUCCAUUUGAAGCCCGCAGGCCGCCCUGUAAGGAGCUGCCCAGGAGAGCCGCUAGCCCCGAAGGCGGGGGCAGAGGAGAGACGUGAGGCGGAGCCGCAGGGAGAGGGGCCCGCACCCUCCAGCUCACACAGAUGACGCGCACCGGGCUCUGCGGGCCUGUGUGUGUGGCCAUUGUGCACUUUGCUCACACUGGUGGCCGGUGGCCCGAGCUGGCCUUCCUGGAGCGAGGCGCCGGGGCCGCCGCGCCCUCUGCAGCGCUCCGCUUCCGUGUCCGUGCGCUUUCGCCCCGCUGGGCUCUGCGGUGCCUGCGCCCCGGAGCCCUUGGGCACGCUUCCUUCACCUCCCGCUUCCACAAGACCGGACGUCAGUAGCGUGGUUUGUCUCCCACGAGCCUGGCUUCUGGCGGCCGUGGGCAGGCGGCCCUCCGGUUUCAGCCUUGACGGCGGUGUUGUUCUGGCUGGAAGGUCCACUCGUGGCUUCAUGGUGCAUGGCUGCACGAAGAUCACAAUUCGAGGAUGCUCUUGAAGUUCUGGAGAGACGGGGUCCUCUGCAGCGAGCACUUGGGUGGGGUUUGCAGUCUGCCCUUCGUCCCCGACGCUGGGGUCCCGUCCCGUGGCUGCAGACACUGCCAGCACCAGCGGCGGGCCGGGUGUCCACACAGUCCCCCUUCAAGCAAGAGCUGUUGUUUUGCCAUCUGCGGGGCUUCGAAGUAGAACCCGCACUGGCUGCCCUGUGUGGGAGUUUGGGGGAGAUUUUUAAGACAGAAAUGUACGUUAUUUUCAAGCUGGUUUUCUUAAUGUUUUUAAAGGACUGCUUCUAAUGAGCUCUUUGAUAUCAAGUACCUCAAACAUCUAGACCUGUACCAUCAAAGGGGAGGGCGCCACAGCAGAGCGACAGCGGGAACAAGAUGCACCGCCAGAAGCCAGUCGCAGGCCCUCCAUGGUCCCCAGGGAACGUGCCUCUGGGUCUCAGUGUCUCUGAAGCUCCUAGAAGCUUCCAGGCAGUGGAGGGUGCUUUUCUGCAGGGGUUGGGGCCCCUGAUGGGGAGCAGUUCACCUUGGAGACUUGGAAAGCACUGUCUGAACACGUAGACCUUGUGCCCGUAUCUGCUCUUCUUUCAAAUACUGGCCUUCAGACCUACCGACUGAUGGCAGAUGGUAACAUGACUUGUCACAAAAAUGGUGGGGGAAAAUGUUACAAAAACCAAACCUUGGGACACACAGCUAUUAGGCUGCACAGAACUGCAAUUUUUAACACAGAUUUGUAACUUAAUGUUUCUGUUUAUAAGAUACUAAUGAUUUGCAAUGUAUUUUACUGGGCAAUUAAAACAGACCUUUUAUUCUUUCUGA